AUGGCUAGCCAAUGGGAACAAUGGCCAAAGGCCGAGGCACUAUAUUGCUUGGCCCAGGAUCGCAAUUUGUUUUUCGGAGAGGCAAAGCCUAAUUGUAACCAUUGCGGCUCGGCAAGAAAAACCGUGGAUCACCUAGCUACUCGAUGUAGCAGAAUGCUUCACGGGUCAUACAUGCGAAGACACAAUGAAAUUGUCAGAUGCAUACAUCUACACGUCUGUCGUCAGUACGGAAUAAAGAAAUGCAAGAAAUUGAAAGCACACUCAGUCCAGUCGGUCGUGGAAAAUAGUCGUGUUGAAAUACGAGUAGACAUGACGUUGCAGACCGACAUUGAAGUUAAAAACAACAAGCCAGACAUUUUCGUGCUUGAUAAAAUGAAAAAUGAGAUAACGAUAAUCGAAGUCGGGGUCACAUCCCAGGACAGGUUAAAGCAAGUCGAAGUAGAGAAACUCCACAAGUAUGAUCUACUUGCUGGAGAAUUGGCACAGAUUCACAAGGCAAAAGUCACGAUAGUCCCUGUCGUAUUGACAUGGGAUGGGGUAGUGACCAAGUUCUAUAAGUCCUACAUGAAAAAGUUGAAUAUAGAGGUCCCGACUAAGGCGUACAUUCAAUCAGUGACAAUCAAGAAAACCCUGGAGAGCAUGGUCGUUGAAUACAACAUGGCAUGA